CCUGUGGAGGAGAGUUGAGCGCGCGCCAGCGGCAGCAGUAGUUUGUGUCUUGUGAACUCGCACGUUACUCGGUCCUCAGUCCCCGGACUCAGCUGCCGCUCGGUCGACUCGUCUCCGGUUGUUCUCCGGUUCGGCAGCUGAACUUUUCUCCGGUUGUUCUCCGGUUCGGCUGCUGAACUUUUCUCCGGUUCUGCUGAACUCGUCUCCGGUUGUUCUCCGCUCCUGCUGCUGAACUUAUCUCCGGUUCUGCUGAGCUCGUCUCCGGUUCUCCGGUUCCUCUCGUCAUGCUUCCGGUGCUUCUGUCCCUCUUGUGUGUCCCUCUCGCCUCUGGAGUUCUGGACUCACCGGACGUUCAAGUGAUCGACGUGUUGGGUCUUCAGGACUCGAGACAAAGCGCGGCCGCCGUUGAGAAGCUGUCGGCCGCGCUGAGCACGCUCAGUGACGUGUACGUGGUCUCGACGUUGCGGCUGCCGGCGAAGCUGGGCGGAGUCCUGCUGGGUCUCUACAGCAAACAGGACAACAGGAAGUACCUGGAGCUCGCCGUCAUGGGAAAAAUCAAUAAAGAACUCCUCCGUCGUCACUCUUCUUCUCCUCCCAUAGUCCUGGUUCGUUACGUCCGAGCCGAUGGGAAGCUCCACACGGUCAACCUGCAGAACGCCAACCUGGCCGACGGGCGGACUCACUCCAUCAUCCUGAGGCUCGGAGGUCUUCACCGCGACAACAUGAACAUGGAGCUGUACGUCAACUGCCGAUUAGCCGAUUCCAGCCAGGGUCUACCGCCAUUGGUCCCUCUGCCCAGGGAGGCGGAGUGGGUGGAGAUAAGACACGGACAGAAGGCGUACGCCCGACUACAGGGUGCAGUGGAGUCCCUCAGACUGGCUCUAGGAGGCAGUGUUGCUAAAGCUGGAGCUCUGACUGACUGUCCGUUCCAGGGAGACGGCUCCGCCUACAACUCAGUGGUCGGGGACAUGAACUCCAUCCUGGGUGAACACACCAAGGCUCUGAUUGGUCAGCUCAUCAUCUUCAACCAGAUCCUUGGAGAGUUGAGACAGGACAUCAGAGAACAGGUGAAGGAGAUGUCUCUGAUCAGAAACACCAUCCUGGAAUGUCAGGUUUGUGGUUUCCAUGAGCCUCGCUCUCGUUGUUCUCCUAACCCGUGUUAUAAAGGCGUCUCCUGUGUGGACAGUCUUGAUUACCCAGGAUACACCUGUGGACCCUGUAAGCCAGGAAUGAGAGGCAACGGGACUCACUGUCAGGACAUCGACGAGUGCGAGCUGAAGCCAUGUUUCUCUCCUGACGCCUGCGUCAACACAAUCAGGGGGUUCAGCUGUCAGCCCUGUCCUCCUGGACUGUGGGGGGCGCCACUGGUUGGUACUGGACUGGACUACGCCAAGACACACAAACAGGAGUGUGUAGACAUUGAUGAGUGUGUCGACCUCCCUGAAGCCUGCGUCUCGAACUCUGUCUGCAUCAACACUGUGGGUUCAUACAAGUGUGGCGGCUGUAGACCUGGUUUCCUUGGCAACCAGACGUCAGGUUGCUUCCCCAGGAAUUCCUGCGCUGCGUUGAACUUUAACCCCUGUGACACCAACGCCCACUGCACCAUGGAGAGGAACGGGGAGGUUUCAUGCAGGUGUAAUGUGGGAUGGGCAGGUAACGGGAACACGUGCGGCGUGGACACGGACAUUGACGGGUAUCCUGACCGCUCUCUUCCCUGCAUGGACAACAACAAACACUGUAAAAAGGACAACUGUGUGUUCACGCCCAACUCUGGUCAGGAGGACGCCGACAACGACGGGAUCGGUGAUCAGUGUGACGAAGACGCAGACGGAGAUGGCAUCAAGAACGUGGAGGAUAACUGCCGAUUGGUUCCUAACAAAGACCAGCAGAACUCAGACAGUGACUCGUUUGGAGACGCUUGCGACAACUGUCCCAAUGUCCCCAACGGCGACCAGAAGGACACCGACAGCAACGGACAGGGAGAUGCCUGCGACCAGGACAUCGACGGAGAUGGGAUUCCCAACGUUCUUGAUAACUGUCCGAAGGUGCCAAACCCAAUGCAGACGGACAGAGACAGAGACGGCGUGGGAGAUGCCUGCGACAGUUGUCCCGAGCUCAGUAACCCCAUGCAGACGGACAUCGACAACGACCUGGUUGGAGACGUUUGUGACACGAACCAGGACACGGACGGAGACGGUCUCCAGGACAGCAGAGACAACUGUCCCGACAUUCCUAACAGCUCCCAGCUUGACUCUGAUAACGACGGCCUUGGAGAUGACUGCGACCAUGACGACGACAACGACGGUGUCCUUGACGACCACGACAACUGCCGACUCAUCGUCAACCCCAACCAGAAAGACUCUGACGCAAACGGCGUCGGAGACGUCUGUGAGAAUGACUUUGACAACGACGCCGUGGUGGAUUUGAUCGACGUGUGUCCAGAGAGUGCUGAGGUCACACUGACUGACUUCAGGGCCUAUCAGACUGUCAUCCUGGACCCAGAGGGUGACGCCCAGAUCGACCCCAACUGGGUGGUUCUGAAUCAGGGGAUGGAGAUUGUCCAGACGAUGAACAGUGACCCCGGUCUCGCCGUGGGAUACACAGCGUUCAACGGCGUCGACUUUGAGGGAACAUUUCACGUCAACACGGUGACAGACGACGACUACGCCGGCUUCAUCUUUGGUUACCAGGACUCGUCAAGUUUCUAUGUGGUGAUGUGGAAGCAGACGGAGCAGACGUACUGGCAGCCUGUCCCCUUCAGAGCCAUGGCCCAGCCCGCUCUGCAGCUCAAGGCGGUAAAGUCUGGAACUGGACCCGGUGAGUUUCUGAGGAACGCUCUGUGGCACACCGGAGACACACCUGGAGAGGUGAAGCUGCUCUGGAAGGACCCGAGAAACAUUGGCUGGAAGGACAAGACGUCGUACCGCUGGCAGCUGAGCCACCGGCCGCAGGUCGGAUACAUGAGGGUGAAGCUGUUUGAAGGGACAUCUAUGGUGGCGGACUCUGGCGUCGUGAUCGACACCACGAUGAGAGGAGGCAGACUCGGCGUCUUCUGCUUCUCCCAGGAAAACAUCAUCUGGUCCAACCUGCGCUACAGAUGCAACGACACGGUGCCUGAAGACUUCAAGUCUCAUCGUAAACAAGUUCUGAUGCACAUUCAUGUCUGAGAGCAGCAGACGGACUGAAACACACACAGACACACACACACACACACACACACACGGACCCUGAGCUUCUCUGAAUCCACUUUAACUGUAGUUUGUUUGAGUCUGUGUGUGUGUGUGUGUGUGGCGUCAUGUAAAAAGUAUACGUCUGUUUCAAAUGAUGUAAACGUUGCUUUCUUCUUCGUGUGCUAUGGUCAACUUUCCUUAACUGUGGCUACACUGCCCCCCAUGGUUUCCAGUGUCACUCUCUUUUUCCACUGUGUCGUCCCGAUCUGUAAACUUCAUAAGACGUGAACAAAUACAGACGAAAUGAACGCAGAGUACGAACCGAAGGUGUCUCAUGCCGAUACUUGUUGGGAUGAGGGGGAGGGGCAGGUGUUCGGGCGCUACAGCCCUCUAAACAGGGAUUUUUUAGACCCACACAUCAAGCCGAGGGCUGUGAGAAUUUCCCAGAAUCUCUUGCGAAUCCCCGGCAAGCUGGGAGAGACCCACAAAUGUAGUAUUUUCUCAAUUAAUUAAAAAAUGACGAAAAUAAUUGUAAUAUCUUAGUUCAAUAUCAUUUCAAUUUAUUAUGGUCUUUUUUUUCACAACAACCUUUAAAAAAUCGCUACAGUUACACCUGCCGAAGCAUCGGCACCUCGCUCCUCGCCGCAGCAACCUGAUUGGCUCAGGAUAAGAACCUUUACCAAGAAACCACCUGAUGUCUUUUGUGUUUUUUCCAACCGUCCAAUCAGUAUCUUCCUGUUUUGAUCAGCUGAUCAAUAAUAAACUGACAUCACACACACAAAAAAAAA